AUCGGUUAUCUAUGUGUUUGUUGAAGUAGAGAUUGGCAAAUCUUCAUGCAAUGACAAAUUGCAAAGUGUGAGCACUCAAAGCCGAAUGAAACGACAGAGAGAAAGGAGAAGAGGAAAGGAAGAACGUGAUAGGUUGAACGCAACCACUCGACUGGGAACGGUCGAGAGAAGGAUUAACCGUGACACCAUUAUGGAGGAGGUCGCUCGAAGCUCCAAACCCCAGGCAGAGCCUGAGGCCGAGGAACCAGAGAAAGUCUAUGGGAAGCCUAGGGAAGAGGAGCCUGCGGACAAGGCUACCGCCGCCAAGAAGAAGUUUAGGUAUCAAAUCCCGAUCUUGACCUUGCCUAAGCUCGACGACACUAUUAGCAAGUUACUAGGAACCAUGGUGUCGGUGUCUUUUCAGACCAUGCUGCAGGCUAGCCCGAGGUUGCUCAAGGGGCUCAGACAACUGUUGACUCGGAGGCGAGUAGAAAUAGGCGACAACCCCGAAUUACCAGAAGGGGGGAGGGAGGAGGAAGCUCCGCAAGAAGUGGCUAACCUUCAGAGGAGUCACGGAGACUUGGAGGAUCUCGAAAGGGCCUUUGCAGACAUUCGUUUGAGCUUGCCCGACCAAGAGGGUGGCGAAGUCAUGAGAUCACCACCCGGGACGAAGCUUAGCUUUCAUGCGCUACCCGUAGGGAAAUUGAAAAUCCAGAUCGGGAAUCAUCACACCGACGCAUUAGUAGACGGGGGAGCAGAAAUCACUCUCAUAAGGAGAGAUUUCGCAACGAUUACGGGGUGUACAGUAAACAAGGAAGUAACAGGGAGCAUCCGGGGAGCUGGCGGGGAAAUCCCGUUCGCUGGGUACGUCACGAAGUGUGCUGUGAAGGCAGGGGUCAGAGAAUCGAUCUGGUCGUUUCAGCGGAUGACCGUAAUGGAGGAAAUGGACCACGACAUAAUCCUCGGGAGACCGUGGUGCGCGAACAUAGAGAUGAUAGGCAUGCACUUGCACGAUAGCUCGUACAUGGUAGACAUAGAGGACCCUGUGACCGGUCGGGAAGAGCUCCUUCGACUCCUUGGAACGGGAGGAGAUCCCCCAAAGGGGGAAUUGGCAACAUGGUCGCCGUCGUUCGAGGAUAGCACGCGAAAAGUGGCUUUCGCACGGAUGGAGGAUAUGAGAGAAAGGGUAGAAAUCAUGAUUGAGGAAGCAUUCAACAAGAAGGAGUGGAUCAAGAUGGGCUUGCCCCAGAAGAAAAGGAGGCAGGAAUACGAAGUCCUAGGUGUUAUGGUAGCGGAAAAUGAGUCAGAGGUCGAACUUGGUGCUAGCCUGGCCAAACGGAAAGGAGUGCGCAUAGACAUGCCAGAAAUCGCACUUGAGAUCCCCAAUCUAUUGCAACUCAUCAAGGCACUUAGAUACCACAAGGUAGGAGUGGAUUCGGCAGCCUUGGCCAAGUUUGAAAGGGAGGUGCAAAAGGGAUAUUGCCUGAAUGGGAAACUAUUUAGAGAAGUAACAGACCUCCUCGUAGCGAAGAAGGACUCCUUCGUUGUGGAGCCUACGACAUCGCCAUACGCUAAUCGGUGGUUCGUCUUUCGGAAACCUAACAAGACACUAAGGUGGAUUCAGGACCUGCAGAAGUUGAAUGCGGUAACCAUCCGGGAUGCUGGCUCGUUACCCCAGGCUGACUUAUUAGCAGAAUCGCACACCAGUCGGAGAAUUUACUCCCUGAUAGAUCUGUACUCAGGGUACGACCAACUUCCAUUGGAUGUUCGGGACAGGCCAUACACCGCUAUGCACACCCCCGUAGGCCAGCUACAGAUGCAAGUAACACCUAUGGGAUUCACAAACGCAGUGGCCGAAGCGCAACGCAGGAUGCUCGCUGUGGCCGGGGACAUGUUCCCAGAAAAAUGUGAACCUUACAUCGAUGACAAUUCGAUCAAAGGCGCGCAGGAGAAGGACGAGACGGAAGUCCAGCCAGGGAUCCGAUGUUUUGUGUGGGACCACCUGCAGGACAUCAAGGAUUUACUCCGACGGUUCCUAGUAUACAACAUUACGGUUAGUGGACCGAAGAGUAUCCUAGCGGUACCGGAGGUAACUAUACUAGGAUUUCAUUGCGGUGCUUACGGCAGGAAGCCGGAUCCGGCAAAAAUCGACAAGAUAUCACAAUGGCCGACACCGUUGCGCACGACGACGAAGGUAAGGGCGUUCCUAGACGUAGUCGGCUUUUGGAGGAUCUUCAUUAAGAACUUUGUCAAGAUUGCUGAGCCUAUCCGGGCUAUGAUCAGGGAAGAAGGAACCAUGGAUUGGACUGAGGAGCGAGAAGGAGUUGUCCAAAGGCUCAAGGACAUAUUGACAUCUGAGACAGUCGCCCUGUCCGCGCCUUGUUUUAAUGACGAAGUGGGGCGACCCUUCAUCCUAGAGAAUGAUGGAGGACCUUUGGCUGUAAGAGGUGUGUUGAUUCAAAGGGAUGAGGGAGGAAAAGAGAGGUCGAUUAGGUUUGAAAGUAGAACCCUGAACUCCGCAGAACGACGGUACUUGCAAUUCAAGAAAGAAGUCCUAGCCAUCCUGCAUUGCCUUAAGACCUUUCAGGGCUACCUAUUUGGGAGGCGGCUCAUCUUAAGGAUCGAUCCGACGAAUGUCGCAGGGGCUCUGAGGUAUAUCCUGGAUGCACGAGACAACCUGAGUGGGUUCGUGGAGGCUGUCGCCCUCAAGAAAAAGACAGGGAGGAAUGUGGCGAACUGGAUAGAAGACUUUUACUUAAGGCAUCCAUUCGUCAGGAGGUUUAUAGCAGACAAUGGGACGAAAUUUGUGAACCAAGAAGUAUUGGGGAUGCUUAAGAGACUCUGCGUUCCAAUUAAACUCAUCGAGUCGUAUAACCCUGAGGCCAAUGCACCUGUGGAAAGAGGGCACCGAACCUUGAAGAACACGAUUGCAAAGCUCGCAGCAGACCAUCUGAGGAACUGGCCUAGGUAUCUUAAGCAGGCUGUCUUUGCAGAGAAUAUGACUCCUAAAAGGACAACAGUAUGUAUCCCGGCAGAACUUUGGUACGAAAGAGAGAUCGGCUUUCCUGUGGAAGCCUUGGUACCUACCUGGAAUAGGUUAGAUGAUGAUCCUCAAAUGACCACUGAAGAGUUAAUCGAGGCAAGAUGUCAACAAAUCCUUAAGAAUGAGGAGGUCGUGGAAGACAUCGCCAGCCGGGUGUUGGACAGCAGAAUGAGGGACAAAGCAAGGUGGGACCAGGUUAAGAAUGUCAGAAAGGAGCCACUUUAGGUGGGGGAGACGGUAUUGCUAAGGAACU